AACUAGUCAAUUUGCGCAUGUGACUGCAAAUAUCAUUUUAAAUUUUUAUUUCCAAAACAAACCCCAUGUGGCAUAAGUUAGAAGCGACUCAUUGUGCUUCUCCGCUCUAAAACCCUACUCGCACACCACCGCUACAGUAUCUUCGAAACCCUAAUGGCAGCGAAAACCCUGGAAGAAUCGGACGUCGGAAUCUUCUGCUACAUCUCAAAGCUCCCUGGCUUUCGUGGAAUUCUCAAACAAAGGUAUUCUGAUUUUAUUGUAAAUGAAGUAGAUAAGGAAGGAAACGUUGUUCAUUUGACCUCAUUGGACGCUCCACCAGAGAUCAGUGAGGAAACCGUGACGAAGAUAGAUGAUACAGCUAAUAAUAAAAGUUAUGCUUCUGAAGUUGAUACUUUUAGAUCUUUAGCUGGUGACUCUGAUGCCAAGCGUUUGGAAGCUCUUAUUAGUCAAAUUAAUACUGGUGUUGAAGAAAGUGUUUCACCAAUCAUUCUCUCCCCAGAUUCUGAUAAAUCUCAUCGAACGGCAAUGCACAAUUUUUUUAAGCAAAAUUUCAAAUUCCUUGUCACCGAUGUGGUUGAUGGACCUGAUGCCUCAUCAAAAUGCAUCCGCGUGAGAUUAAAUACAGGAGGUCAUAAAAAUAAAGGCAGAAACUCCAAGAAACGGAAAGAAAGAGUCGAUAUGCCCUUUGAUAGCAGAGGCUCCGAAAAUUGGUCAGAGACUGAUGGCAAGUUCAUGAGAUUUCAUCUUUACAAGGAGAACAAGGAGACACAAGAAGCCUUAGGAGUGAUAGGAAAAAUGCUUGGCAUCCAGCCAAGAUCAUUUGGGUUCGCAGGUACGAAGGAUAAACGGGCAAUCUCUACUCAGAGGGUUACUGUUUUCAAGCAGCAUGCAACUAAAUUAGCUGCGCUUAAUGCAAGGUUGAUUGGUAUCAAAGUCGGUGACUUCUGCUAUGUCAGGGAAGGACUUCUUCUUGGCCAGCUCCUGGGAAACCGAUUUACUGUCACAUUGCGAGGAGUUGUUGCAGAUUCUGAAGAUACCAUCAAAUUAUCUGCAGAUGCCCUGGGAAAGCUUGGAUUUAUCAACUACUUUGGUUUACAACGUUUUGGAAGCGGUUCUGUGCCAACUCACCUAAUUGGGGCUACAUUACUUCGAGGAGAGUGGAAGAAUGCUGUAAGCAUGAUUCUCGAUCCAAGAGAAGGGGAACGAAAUCCUAUAGCAAAAGCGCGAGAAUAUUACAAAGAAAGUAACGACAUUGAAGGGACUCUGAGGCAGUUACCUCGGCAUCUGGUUGCGGAAAGGGCUAUAUUGCAGUGCUUGAAGAAAUGUCCUGGUAACUACUUGCAGGCUCUGAAAGCUAUACCUAGGACAUUGAGAAUGAUGUAUGUACAUAGUUACCAAAGCUAUCUGUGGAAUCAUGCAGCAAGUAUGAGGGUGCAAAAAUAUGGAAAUAAUCAAGUUGUGUUGGGGGACUUGGUAUAUCGUAAAGGAGAUGAUACUGAAAAGGUGACAGGACAUGUCGAUCCUGAAUGCGAAGAUGACAACCAUAACGAUGUAUAUGAUUCUAAAAAUCCAGAUGAAAUCUCUGAAACAGAUGUUCCUGAAGAAAGAAAUAACCUUAUAAAGGUUGUAACAACUGAAGAUAUUGUUACUGGAAAUUAUACAAUUGAAGAUGUUGUCCUCCCUAUGCCUGGUUCUAGGGUAGUUUAUCCAAAUAAUAGCAUUGCCAAUGUGUAUCAUGAUUUGGCGAAGAAGGAUGCUAUCAGCUUGACGGAAAGUGUACAUAGUGUCAAGGAAUUCUCCAUAACGAAUAUGACUGGAAGUUAUAGACGGGUGUUUCAAAAACCAGUUGACUUUGAAUGGGAAUUACUUGAAUAUACUGAUGGUGAUAUACCAUUAGUGGAGACAGAUUUGGACAAAAUUUCCGACUAUAAACCUAUGAAGAUGGUUCGAGUUGAGGACCCUGCUGAUGGAAAUGAGGGCAAAAUUGAUUGUGUAAAACAAGCUGAGGGGGUUGAAGAUGAUGAUGAGGCAGAGGAUGCCGGGGAAGAAUGUUUGCCAAAUAUUGAAUCUCAUUGCGGCUCUAAUUCUCAGAAAGCCCAGAUGGCCCUGAAGUUGAGCUUUACCCUGCCAUCUUCCUGUUAUGCAACGAUGGCAAUAAGAGAGCUUCUUAAGACCUCAACAUCUGUUGCAUUUCACAAAACAUUAAACUAGUGGCACAUUGUUGCCCCGUUGAUGAGAAUCCUACUGAUGGUUUUGUAAGGGACUAAAGUACUAACUUGUAUGAGUCGAGGAAGAACUAGUGGGGAGGAGAAAACAAGGGACGCUCAAUACUGCAAUGCGUUACAGAUUUGUAUGUAUUGUCCUUUCUGUUUUAGGAUUUAAUCCUCUUGAUGUUCGCUGGAUUCAUGCAUUCACUUGUGACAGCAAAACUGAACUAUGCAUUCAUUAUUAAUAAACUAUUUGGAGCCUGGGAGUGGAACCGAGGGACAUUUUUCCA